AUGAUUGGAGUGCAAUUCAAGUCCAACCUGAAGUUGAAGAAGCUUUACAAACGUUUUUCUUCUUUAGAGAAAACCAAAUCUCAACGACGAAAGCAGAAUCUGGACGUUGCAAACUUGCAGGAUGGUGAGGAGCUGCAUGCAGCCGUGGGAGAUGACCCCGCUUACCUGGAGGCUCAUUUAAGUGAACAACAGCUGCAGACUCUUCAAGCCUACAAGCGCUCACUGAUGGAGAGGAAGCAGGCCGAGCUGCAGGACCGAUAUCGCCGAGCUUUGGAGGAAGAAGACCAAGAAAUCAAAUGUCCAAAGAGAGAUGUGACUCCGGUGUGGAGACUCAGCGUUGCUGACUCUUUGGGCCCACCCAGCUGCGUUUACCAGCUGAGUCUCUGGCGGCCCUCCUCAGACGUCGAGUCUCUAUUGAAGGAAGGUGGUCGAUUCAAAGUUUACAACCUCGCUGCUGCAGAAGGAAAGAAGAGAAGCAGCCAUGAAAGUGUUCAGCUCACCGGAACCAAGAAAACCCAGUUCCAGGUUCUGCAGACUUCACAGGAAUGGAUGUCAGAACGUUUCCAACCAAGAGUCUCCACAGACUUUGAGAGUCUUCAGAAUCCAGAUUUCCGACCUCUGUGUGGAGAGGUGGAUCUGUCGGGAUACGUCGUCAGCGUCAUCGAUGGACACG